AUGCUCAGUACGUUAAUCAGCAACAUAACUCCCAACCGCAACACGAUCCGCAACUACAACCGCAACCGCAACCGGGGGUCGGGCAUCGCAAUGACACUCACCAUCGCCCAAAUAUGGCCUCUAGUGCGUGUUCCAGACGUGGGUCACGAGUAUCGACCUGCAUUGUUUGGCCUUUCAGUGACUGCCCAGACGUCCUCGGGUGCUCCAAAGCCAUCAUCGACUGGACCUAGUGUGAUACCGGGUGCCCCUCCUACCCCUUUCACCCCAACGUCUACCGCGCCUCCACACCUGCUACCCACACACGGCGCCUCCGCUAGCACGCCCCCGGAGCCUCCCAACCCGAACACGGCUUCUGCGCAAUGGCACCCGAGGAACUGGGACACGAUAGCGCACGCCGCAGGCACGAUGAACGGCGUGCGGUUCUGCAUGGACAAGCUGCUCAGCACCGCAGAGCGCACACUCGCGGAGGAGCUGAAGGGCGUGAAGCUGAUGUUCCACCAGCGCGAGUCGGAGAUGAUGGCCGUUCUGACGGAGCGCAUCACUCAGCGCUGCGCAGAGCGGGACGCGGUGCGCAGGGACGCGGAGGCGCUGGCGCGCGAGCUUGACAACACGAAGCGGCAGCUGGAGGGCGUGAAGCAGGAGCGCGAUCAGGAGCGCGAUAGCGUGGUGCGCAUGCGGGAGCACGUCAACCGCGUGUACCACGCGUCUGUGGGGCUGAGCCAGGAGUGCGAGCGGCUCAAGCAGGAGCGCGAGAGCCUGCGCGACGAGGCGUGGCGGCUGAAGGAGGCGCUAGCGCAGGAGGCGGUCGCGCGGCUGGAGCGUACGCGGUCGACAGAGGGGGCGCCCUCCGUAGACGUUGUGGCGUUCAAUGCGCUGUUUUCGCAGGCCAAGACGGAGCGCGAGCAGAGGCAGAAGGCCGAGGGCGAGGCGGCGCUCCUCAAGGGCCUCUUGAAACAGUACAUGGAGGCCGCCCGCUCGCCCUCGUCCUCCACCAACCCCCCAUGGCUGGAUCUGCCAACGCCUAUUCCCACGCCAACUACGCUGUCUGGUCUGGGCCUUCUUGAUGCCAGCAUGCCUGCGGCCUCUCCCACUGCCGCCGAUGCGCCAGCGGACGGCGCUUCUGCGCGUGUCUCGCCAUCCGCUGUACAGGACCUCCUUGCCUCUCUCGGGUUCGAAGCUGGGUACGGCCUCGUGACGCCCAAGUCCCGGAUGACCUCGGUGGACUUGGAGCCCCUUCGCCAAGACCGGCCAGAGACGGGCUGUGCGGGCCCUCCUAGAUUGGAGGGGCGUAAGGCAGGCGAGGAGGCCGGAGCGGAACGGGCGGCUGCGGACGCACAGACGAGAGACGUCCCCGAGGGCGACGAGCGGGGCGGGAAGCGCGCGAGGAGCCCGUCGGCCGUCUUGUCCGAGCAACAGGCAAAGAAGCGGCGCCUCGAGGCUGCUGUGAGGCUCGCUGAGGCGGCUGAUGCCUCGAGCGGUGUGUGCAGCGCUCUGCCCUUCACGUCGACUGCGCGCGGCGCGGAUGUGGCCGGCCUUGACAAGACGCCAGGAGACACAGACCUGACGGACAUGGAGCUGCAGUACGACGAGGACGACGAGGACGUCAAGCCACAGCGUGCGGUGUCUGUGUCGGACGAGGGAGCAGACAGCGAACUCACCGAGGUCGACCAGCUCAAGCAAGAAGAUGCGGACGAUUUGCAACUCCAGAGCGAGGCAGGGGAACUUCUCCCGGCGAAGGACGAACAUGACAAGGACAGCACGGACAGCGGUAUCGCUGAACGCCCUCGCGCACCAGGCCUGAGUUUAGCUGCUACGCCACCCGACCCGCCCGCUUCUGCGUUCGCCACGCAACCAGCUCCGCAACCGGUCACACCAACAGAGCCGUCUCGACCCCCAACGCCGCAGGCGCAGGCGGUCGCCCCGCCAGGCCGGCCGUCCAGUUCAGCACGGAAGCAGCUGAGCAUAUCGCACCUCCCGCUCAUGUACGACACGGUCGGGGACAGGCUGUUAUGCGUGAUGUGCCGGGCGCGCCGGCGGCACAAGGACGCGGAACACCCGAUCACUUGCUUCCCGACGAGCGCGUCGUGGACGGAGCUGGCGGGCCACUGCGAGAGCGCGCACCCGGGCGGGUUCCAGAGCCUCAUCUUGAUGUCGUCCAAGCAGAUAGCAGAGACGAAAAUGCGCAUGCAGCGGUGA